CUUGUUUUCUGAAGCCUGGGGGUUUGAACAUGUUUGGAUCUCCGGUGGACUUUUCUUUUAAAGAGAUCAACACAAUUCCAGACAUUCUUUCUGAUGUGCCGAAUCCAGGCGCUCUUCGGCUGAAGCGCGACUCAGAGCAGAAGUUCCUCAGCCGGACGCUCAGACUCAACAACAACUUCAUCUCAGGCUUGUCGGGUCUGACGGACACGAUCUCUGCUCUGUUUGCUGAGCCGACACGUCUGGCCUGGCUCGACCUCUCCUUCAACGACAUUGAACACAUUGACCCAGUCCUCACUCAACUUAAAGAGUUGCGUUUGUUGUAUCUCCAUGGAAAUCGUAUUUGUAAGUUGUUGGAAGUGGAUAAACUUACUGUGCUGCCGUCCCUCCAUACCAUCACUCUGCACGGCAACCCCAUAGUGACCGAGCCUGACUACAGGGCACAUUUGAUCGCCACCCUUCCUCAUGUGAAGAUGAUUGAUUUCAGUGCAGUGACCAAACAGGAACGAGAGUUGACUUCAGUUUGGCAAAAGAGCAGAAACCCGCGCAAAUUCACGAGUCAAAGCAAAGUGGACUGAGCCUUCCUCCUCCGACACCCUGUCAUGUUACAGACGGCUUGGCUUUAUGUCUAAUAAACAUGAAUGUUUAUUAGCAACAGUUUGAUCUACCACAGUUAAGUUGCCUUUACUAUAACCUCGUCCUGAACCGUAUAAUGGUUGCAGGGCUGGAGUUACUUUAGUCAACUAGAGUGUUUCUUCAUUAGUUGAUGAUGAAGCCACAUGGAUAAGUGGUGAAACAUCUUAAGCAACAGAGAAACGUCCACUAAACAAAGCAAUCUAGAAGCGUUGCAUGCAAGACAGUGAAUGAACAAAAUAUUCUCAUUGUACUCGCCACCAAUGUAUGUCUGCACAUUCAAUAAAAUAAUACUUUACA